CCUCUCGACUUUUGUCCACUACCCCACUCUCUCUUCCUAUGCAGUCUCCCCAAACCCCCUCAAACACAGAUUGAAAUGGAUAGCUCAUGUGUAACCUCUGUUGAAGAGAGUGUGUGUGUGAAUGUGUGAUAAGCCACCCAGCUGGCUCACCUCAACUCACCACCACCAAUUGCAUUUUGAAUCACAUUGCUCUGCUUCUCUUUUAAUUAAUUUCCACAAAGAUGAGAGUAAGCUUGCUUCAAAAUGUUCUUCUUCUGCUAUACCUAUGCAACCUAUCUUCUCCUAGUAAUACAAACACUACUCAUCGAGCAUCGGCUGUGAACUUACUGUUACCGUCCGAUGCUUCUUCUCUCUUGGAAUUCAAGUCUAAAGCCGAUCUGACCCACAAACUCUCAUUCUCUCCCAACACCAGUUUCGAAUUCUGCAAAUGGCAAGGACUCAAAUGCCAACAAGGCAGAGUGGUCCGACUCGUCCUCGAAGGCUUUAAACUCGGUGGCGUUUUGGCACCCAACACAUUGACUCGCCUCGACCAGUUGCGAGCACUGAGUCUGCAGAACAACUCGCUCACCGGACCCAUUCCCGAUCUCUCCGAUCUCGUCAAUCUCAAAACCCUAUUUCUCGAUCACAAUCUCUUCUCUGGGUCCAUCCCACCUUCAAUCUCCACCCUACAUCGUCUCCGAAUCCUAGAUCUCUCCUCCAACAAUCUCACCGGUUCCAUUCCUCACUCGCUCACCGAUCUCGACCGGCUGUACAUUCUCCGGCUUAACUUGAACCGGCUCAAUGGUUCGGUACCUCCGCUCAAUCAGUCCUCUCUCCAAGUCUUCAAUGUCUCCGUCAACAACUUAACCGGCGUCGUGCCGGUCACUCCGACUCUGCUACAUUUCGGCACGUCGUCGUUUUUAUUUAACCCUGGACUCUGCGGCGAGAUUAUAAGUAAAGAAUGCCACCCGAGUUUACCAUUUUUCAGUCCUUUUGCGGCGCCACCGCCGCCGCGGGUGGCCAAAACGGAGCAGCUACAGGGGGUCGAGGUUGAGUUGACUCAGCCGAGUCAAAAGAUACACAAAAGAACAGCUGUGAUUGUUGGGUUUUCGUCAGGGGUUUUUGUACUGAUCGGGUCCAUCGUCUGCUUUGCAAUGGCGGUGAACAAACAGAGGAACAAGAAACGGGUGUCGACGGCGGCGGCAAUGGCGUCGGAUUCGGCGGCGGCGGCCCACGCCGCCGCCGUGAUGAGGAUCGAGGAGGAGAACGAGUUGGAAGAGAAGGUGAAGAGAGUGCAGGGGAUGGUUGGGAAGAGUGGGAGUUUGGUAUUCUGUGCGGGUGAGGCGCAGGUUUAUACGCUGGAGCAGCUGAUGAGGGCGUCGGCGGAGCUGUUGGGGAGAGGGACAAUGGGGACCACGUACAAGGCGGUGCUUGACAACCGUCUGAUCGUCUGCGUGAAAAGAUUGGACGCUGUUAGAUUGGGGGGAACAAGCAGGGAGGUGUUCGAGCGACACAUGGAAUCAGUGGGUGGGCUCCGGCAUCCAAAUCUGGUCCCACUUAGGGCUUAUUUUCAGGCCCAAGAAGAGAGGCUUCUCGUCUAUGAUUACCAGCCCAACGGCAGUCUCUCCUCUCUCAUUCACGGUUCAAAAUCAGCAAAAGCAAAGCCACUCCACUGGACAUCAUGUUUGAAAAUAGCAGAGGACGUAGCACAAGGCCUCUCUUACAUCCACCAAGCAUGGCGCCUCGUCCACGGCAACCUCAAGUCCUCCAACGUCCUCCUCGGCUCUGACUUCGAAGCCUGUCUCACCGACUACUGCCUUGCCGUCCUCGUCACCUCCCCUUCCGAGGAUGACCCUGACGCUGCCGCCUACAGAGCUCCCGAGACCCGUAAACCAGACCACCAAGGAACGUCCAAGUUGGACGUCUACGCAUAUGGCAUUCUUUUGCUUGAGCUUCUAACGGGGAAGCCACCGUCACAGCACCCUUUUCUGAUGCCCGACGACAUGACCAGUUGGGCCAGGUCUGCCAGGGAAGAUGAUGGAGGGGAAGACAACCCGUCGGUUAUGCUUCUUGAGGUGGCUAUAGCAUGCUGUGUGACGUCGCCGGAGCAAAGACCGACAAUGUGGCAAGUGUUGAAGAUGAUACAAGAGAUUAAAGAGACGAUCAUUAUGGAGGAAGGUGAAUUGGACCUAGUUACAGGGACGUCUUAGUUAUCAUCAUAUAUACACAUGGAAAGUGAUGAAGAAGAAAACAAAUGUUCUAAGCCUAUUUUCAUUGCUCUUCUAUAUUUUUGUUGUUUUUUAUUGGAUGAUAGGCUAGUUGCAUGUAUUAUGUAGAUUAUAUAUGUAUAUAGUUGAAAUUUGCUUAUGGUGGUAAUAUGGUACAUGUAGCUGAAAACCUAGUAAUCAAGUGGUCAGUAACUCUUGUUCAGUUAUUUUUUUAUUUAUUGACAAAAAUUCAAAUUCCAA